AGUUCGUUAGGAGGAGGCGUGUCCAGCUGCCCAGCCUGCAAAGAUACAAACAGCAAAAGGCCUUUCAGAGCUUUUCUAUCAGCCUUCAUUAAACUGCAAGUUUUCCUUGGUUUUGAAGUUUAUGUGGGCCUUUAAAUAAGAAUAAAAGACAGCUCAGCAAGGAUUGGUGCAUUAAAAACAUCAUCUAAAAGAAAUAAAAAGUUGAGCCUUUUUUUUACUGAAGACACGAUUUUAUUACUUUUAAAUCUCCAUAAGUGACAUAUUUUAAUUCCUGCAUCCGAACCUGACAUUCCUCAUGUUCUCUCCAGAUAUGAGAGACAGGCUGCAGCACCUGCAUCGCGUGAAGACCGACUCUGAAGGCUUCAGCACCGUGGAACUGAACAGUUUAUCAGAACUAGAGCCAGCUGAUCCCGACCAGGACCUGGAUGGAGUUCUGAAUGAGGCCCAGCAAAUCCGCCUGGAAAUUCAGCAAAUCCAGAAUGACAUCAGCGAGCUCCAGGAUGUGAACUACCAGACAAUAAACAGAACCUCAUUUCCCAGCGUGACAAAACGGGACUCUAACACAAUCGGGGCGGAUAUUAAACGCAGAGGAGAAGCUGUGUUGCAGCAGCUGCACUUGAUGAAUGACCUCCGAGGAGAGCUGGAGGCCCGGCGUGGCCCCUCUGACCCCGCAGUACGUAUAGCCCGGACACAGUACCACUGUCUCAGCAACGCUCUGCGGGAGGUGAUGUUCAGCUACAACGACACAGAGAUGAGCCACAGGGAGGCAUGCAAACGCCACAUCAAGAGGCAGAUGGAGGUGGUGGGAAGGGAGAUCAGUGAGGAGGAGCUGGAGGAGAUGAUGGAGGGAGAGGAGCUAUGUGUGUUCAGCGUCCACAUGGAAGGGAAAACCAUUCACUCUGCCCUCAUGCAGCUACAGAGCAGACAGCAGGAGCUGCUGGAGCUGGAGACCAGGAUCCAGAGCAUCCAGGAGCUUUUCCUGGAUGUGGCCGUGCUCGUGGAGGAGCAGGGAGCGGCGGUCGAGAACAUCGAGCAAAGCGUCCAGAAGGCCGAGGUGAUUGUUCAAGAUGGAACCACUCAGCUGGAGAAUGCCUCGACUUCAGACAAAAACAACCCACUCAAGAGGAUGUUCUGUGGCUGUUUUCCAUGUUAUCACAGCUAGCGUUUUGGACACCAAACUGUUUGGUUUCCUUCCUGAUGGCUUUAAUCUCAGGAGAUAAAGAAGGUUUUCAACCAGCAUGUAAACAAGGCUGUCAAUAAACACACCUCAUAUC